AUGAAGACUAAUAAUUCCGGCGAGGGCCGCCGCCCCGACAUGGUGAUCGACAUCGGCCGGCCGGUGGAUCUCGCCGGAGGGCUCGAGUUUUCCGGUUUAACGUACACGGUGAUCAAGAACAUGAAGGACGCAGAUGGGCGUUGGACUAAGCAAGAGGCCGACUUGUUGCACGAGAUCACGGGGUACGCGCCGAAGGGUUGUGUCACGGCGGUAAUGGGCCCGAGCGGGGCCGGGAAGUCGACAUUUUUGGAUGCGUUGGCCGGGAGGAUUUCUUGGGAGAGCUUGGCCGGGAUGGUUUCCCUGGAUGGAGUCGAGGUUAGUCCGAGCUUGAUCAAGAGGACAUCGGCGUAUAUAAUGCAAGAUGACCGGCUUUUUCCGAUGCUCACAGUCUACGAGACGCUCAUGUUCGCCGCUGAUUUCCGGCUCCGGGGAGUGUCGCGGGCCGACAAAAGACAACGUGUCGAAAACCUCAUCGAGCAACUUGGUUUAAUGUCAGCCAGAAACACAUACAUCGGCGAUGAGGGGACGAGGGGAGUCUCUGGAGGCGAGCGGCGCCGUGUCUCAAUAGGCGUCGACAUAAUACACGGACCGCCCCUACUAUUCUUGGAUGAGCCAACCUCCGGACUCGACUCUACAAGCGCUCAUAGCGUCAUCGAAAAGGUCCACAACAUAGCCCGCGGGGGUAGCACCGUGGUCCUAACCAUCCACCAACCCUCGGCUCGGAUCCAACUCCUCCUCGACCACUUGAUCAUCUUGGCUCGCGGCCAACUCAUGUACCAAGGACCGCCAAAAGACAUGACGCCCCAUUUGGAGCGAAUGGACCGUAAGGUCCCAAAAGGCGAAAGCUCCAUCGAGUAUUUCAUUGACGUCGUGCAAGAAUACGAUCAAUCUGAAUUCGGGGUCGAGGCUUUGGCCAAGUAUACGCUCACGGGGGUCAAACCACCGCCACUUUUUACACACGACGAGAUGCCUUCGCCGGCCGGCCACUCUUUUCCGACCCGACCAAAUGGCCACCACCACCACCGCCACCGCCCUCCGGCGGCGGCCGGAGCCACGCCUAAACGCCUCCCUUUGCAAACACUUAAACAUGGAUUUGAUCAUAGUGUUAGGAGCCAAUAUUCUUGGAGUGUUAGCCAAUCCAUGACUUUUACACCGGUUAGGAAAUAUGGAGAUCAGAGGACCCUAGCUCAGAAAAGUCCCUCUCGCGGGUACUAUGCGUACUCAAGCGACGUCCUACAAGGGACCCCGACGCCUCGUAGUAGCGACUACACCGUAAACGAAGACGACUACAUAACACAUAGUAGCUUAUACCCGAGCGACCUCCCGCCCGACCGUCGCCACCACCUUGUCGGCCCCAAGUUUGCGAACUCGUUCUUCUACGAGACGUGGAUACUCAUGCGGCGCAACUUCAUCAUCAUCAUGAGGACGCCAGAGCUUUUCCUCUCCCGUCUCGUCGUCCUCACGUUCAUGGGGAUCAUGAUGGCAACGUUGUUUUGGCAUCCGAAGGGCGACUCACAAGGGAUAACGAAUCGGAUAAGUUUCUUCAUCUUCACCGUUUGCCUCUUCUUCUUCUCGUCCAACGAUGCCGUCCCGGCGUUUAUCCAAGAGCGGUUUAUAUUCAUCCGGGAGACGUCGCACAACGCAUACCGAUCGUCGUCGUACACCGUCGCCGGCCUCGUCACCUACCUCCCGUUCCUCGCCCUUCAGGCGGCCUUGUACGCCGUCAUCGUAUGGUUCCCAUUGAAGCUCGAGGGCCCGUUCGUCUACUUCCUCCUCGUCCUCUACAUGUCCCUACUCUCGACAAACUCGUUCGUCGUGUUCAUUAGCUCGAUCGUACCAAACUACAUUCUCGGAUACGCGGCCGUGAUUGCGUUCACCGCGCUCUUCUUCCUCUUCUGUGGAUACUUCUUGGACAGCAACGCAAUCCCCGGGUACUGGAAAUGGAUGUAUUACGUCUCCACGAUGACCUACCCGUACGAGGGGCUGCUGAUGAACGAAUACGAGACGAGCAAUCCGUUCGGCGGGAUCCAAGGAUACAACAUUCUGAAAUCGCUAGCCAUAGGGACGAAGGCGAACGAGAAAUGGGAGAAGAUCUACGCGAUGCUCGGGUGGGCGGUCUUGUACAGAGUUCUUUUCUACAUCGUGCUUCGAUUCUUCUCCAAGAAUCAACGGUCGUAGAUAUACCUGCAGCUCAAAAACAGAGUAACAUCGUACGAUCGUGUC